UCCGGGCGGAGGCAGGCGUUCGAACCAUUCUUCUCCUCCUCCCCGCGGCGACACAACCACGUCGUCGCCGACGACCCCACCCACCGAAUCGCGCCUCUCCGCCCUUCCUUCCCGCCAACCAUUCUCCUCCUCCUCCGCGCGGCCCUUCCAGAAUCUUCCAGAAGGAUCUCUCCCGGCGACGGCGCGCGUUCGAGGCGCACGCAUUUCCCGUCGCCCGCUCGAGAUCUCCCGGGCCGGCCUCGGGGAGCGGAAGGGGGGGGGGGGGGGGCGUUCCGUGAUCCGCGAGGAGGAGACCUCGGGGAGCGAUGGCGGUGUCGGCGCUUCCGCGGACGAUGGAGGCGCUGACGCGGCGGGCCACCAUGUUGCGCGACUCGCUGCACAAGAGCCAGGGGAACACGGACGGCAUGGUCGCCAUCCUCGGCUCCUUCGACCACCGCCUCUCCGCGCUCGAGGCCGCCAUGCGCCCCACCCAGGUGAGGACGCAUGCGAUCCGGAUGGCGCACGAGAACAUCGACAAGACGCUCAAGGCCGGCGAAGCCAUCCUCUCCCAGUUCGACCUUACCCGUCGGGCCGAGGCAACGAUAUUAAGAGGUCCCCAUGAGGAUUUGGAGAGCUACUUGGAGGCAGUGGAUAUUCUGAAAGGAAUCUCCCGCUUCUUUUCCUCGAAUAAGAACUUCAGAAGCAGUGAAGGAAUUCUGAAUCACGUCAACGGUCUGUUAGCGAAGUCUUCUCUGAAGAUCGAAGAAGAAUUUAAGCAGCUGAUGAGUACGUACAGCAAACCAAUUGAGCCCGAUCGUCUCUUUGAUUGUCUACCCAAGUCUCUGCGGCCAUCAAAAGACGACACUGAGCCUGGGAACGAUAACCAGUCUGACCAUCCAUCCAAAGGCUUGGAAACUGCUGUAUACAGGACCCCGACACUAGUUCCUCCAAGAAUACUGCCACUCAUGAAUGACAUAGCUCAGCAGUUGGUUCAGGCUGGAAAUCAACAGUCAUGCUACAAAAUUUACAGAGAAUCCCGUGGUUCAGCACUAGAGUUGAGCCUUCGGAAGCUGGGAGUAGAAAAACUUAGUAAAGAUGACGUGCAAAAGAUGCAAUGGGAGGCUUUGGAGGCUAAGAUUGGAAACUGGAUACACUUUAUGCGUAUUGCGGUUAAACUACUACUAGCUGGAGAAAGAAAAAUCUGCGAUCAGAUUUUUGAGGGUGUCAACUUUAACAAGGACCAAUGUUUUGCAGAAAUGGCAACAAAUAGCGUUGUGACUCUUCUCAGCUUUGGAGAUGCUGUUGCCAAAAGCAAAAGGUCUCCUGAAAAGCUGUUUGUAUUGCUAGACAUGUACGAAGUAAUGCGUGAACUUCAAUCAGAGAUUGAGGUGGUUUUCGAAGGAAAGGCUUGCUCUGAGAUGAGAGAGGCUGCAUUGGGCUUGACUAAGCGCUUGGCACAAACUGCUCAAGAAACCUUCGCUGAUUUUGAGGAGGCAGUUGAGAAGGAUGCUUCAAAGACUAUCGUUCAAGAUGGAACUGUCCAUCCUCUGACAAGCUAUGUGAUUAAUUAUGUUAAAUUCCUAUUUGAUUAUCAGUCGACGCUGAAGCUUCUGUUUCAGGAAUUCGAAACUGGUAGUGAGACAGAAUCUCAGCUUGCUGUUGUUACUAUGAGGAUAAUGCAAGCACUACAGAAUAACCUAGAUGGAAAAUCGAAACAAUAUAAGGAUCCUGCGUUGACUCACUUAUUUCUUAUGAACAAUGUUCACUAUAUGGUUAGAUCUGUACGCAGAUCAGAAGCAAAGGAUAUACUUGGCGAUGACUGGAUUCAGAGGCACCGUAGAAUUGUGCAGCAAAAUGCCAAUCAGUACAAACGUGUUGCUUGGGCAAAGGUUCUUCAGGCACUUUCCGUACAAGGUGCGCCAGGCAGCACUGGUUCGUCAACACCAGCAGACCUUAACAGCAGCGGAGUUUCAAGAGCUGUGGUCAAAGAACGGUUUAAAGCAUUCAAUACGCAAUUUGAAGAACUUCACGCGAAGCAAUCUCUAUGGAUUGUACCUGAUCAAGAAUUGCGUGAAUCCUUGAGGCUUGCUAUAGCUGAGGUUCUGUUGCCAGCCUAUCGAUCUUUCAUAAAACGUUUCGGCAAUCUUGUUGGGAGCGGCAAGAAUCCGCUGAAGUACAUCAGAUACAGCCCCGAACUGGUGGACAAACUCCUGGGCGAGUUCUUCGAAGGGCAGCAAUAUGGCGAGCCGAAGCACCAGCAUCGCCUGUAAGGUGUCUGCGGCAUCAAGUUCCAACCCCACAGAGAUCCCUGUCAAAGCACACAACUAACGAUCCCUUUGCACAGUAGCAGCAAUGCUGAUCAUCAUAUACUAGCAAUAUAGUGACCACCACAGAAAAGAAAAGGGUUUGCUGUUUCGUAGUCUCAGUGGCUCACAUGGCAGGCUAACAGUGUAAAGGUGUCGUCCUUCAAACUACCAGCCUUGUUCUAUCAUAAUAUAUGAGAUGCUGUUCUAUCAUGUUAA